UUAUCAUGGAAUGCAUAUGCACAGUAUAACAUGUAAUUUCUUUUCAAUAUGACUCCAGUGAAAUUAAAUUAACUGAAAAAAUGUCAUGAAAAAGGGGAUACUGGGAGAGUGCAAUUUAAUUAGCCGGUUAUCCAUUUUCACAAGAGAUACAUGAGUAAACCUUAAUACAUUAGUCUAAUUUUCAUUGAUUUGUGGGUUCUUUAUCCCCUUCUAAAGUUCGUGACUAAUGUAACUACAUUUCUUGAUACACAAUAAGUUGAAAAAAUAGGUCCAAGCAAGAAAAAAAAAAAAACGAUCACACCCUUGCCUUUUACAAGUUAUCACUAAUUUAGUCAUUUAUAAACACCCACAUUUCUUUCCUAUUUCUUGCUUCAAAAGAACAUACUUUAAAGAGAAAAAGAAAGCCCUUUAUUUAAUACAAUCAUAAAGAUCCUUCAGCCUAAGAUAUAUGGCUUCUUUGUGGCAAAGCUUAUCUCAUUUCUAUAAAUUCAUACAACUUACCUCAUUCUAUUGCACACUGCAUAGACGUAAUUGGAGGCAACUAGUCACUGGAUAGCUAGCACAAAAAGCUGGAGAAAUGGGUCUUUUGGCUGUAUUUCUCCUAUGGUUACUUUCAUUAUCAAGAGCAAAAGCCUCAAACAACAACAUUGGUGUAAACUAUGGCCAACUCGGAAACAAUCUACCUUCUCCAUACCUCUCCAUAGAGCUACUAACAAAAAUGAAAGCUAGACAUGUGAAGCUCUAUGAUGCCAACCCUGACAUUCUAAACCUUCUAUCAAUUAGAAAGAUUCAAGUCUCAGUUAUGGUCCCAAACAAUGAAAUCUCAAACAUUGCUGUGAACCGCAGAGCAGCGGAAGAAUGGGUGAGGAACAAUGUCCUACCUUACCUUCCCAAAACCAAGAUUCGCUACCUCCUCGUCGGCAAUGAGGUGCUAAGCUCCUACUCAGAACAAGGCCGGCAAAUGUGGCGCGAUCUUGUGCCAGCAAUGCAAAUGAUCAAGAGAUCCCUCAAGGCUCUGAACAUCUCAUCCAUCAAAGUUGGCACCCCAUUGGCAAUGGAUGUGUUGGAAUCAACCUUCCCACCAUCAAGAGGGAUGUUCCGAUAUGAGAUAAGAGACAAUGUGAUCAUACCAUUGCUUAACUUCUUAAACAGAACCAAGUCAUUUUUCUUCAUUGAUGUGUAUCCAUAUUUUCCAUGGUCACAAAACCCUUAUAACAUUAGCCUUGACUUUGCUCUAUUCAGAGGAGGCUUAAGCAUAAGAGAUCCUGGCAGUGCCUUAGUCUAUACCAAUUUGUUAGACCAAAUGCUAGAUUCUGUCAUAUUUGCUAUGUCCAAACUCGGCUUCUCCAAUAUCCCGCUCGCCAUAUCCGAAACAGGAUGGCCUAAUUCCGGUGACAUCGACGAGCCUGGGGCAAACAUAUUCAAUGCAGCCACAUAUAACCGCAAUUUGAUCCAAAGAAUGACAACAAAUCCACCUCUUGGCACCCCAGCUAGGCCUGGAGUUCCAAUCCCAACUUACAUCUUUUCAUUGUUCGACGAAAAUCGAAAGCCUGGUCCAGGGACAGAGCGACACUGGGGCUUGUUACACCCUGAUGGCAAGCCAGUCUAUGAAAUAGACCUGACAGGAAAGUUGGCUGUGGCCGACUUUGGGCCAUUGCCAGCUCCAAAGAACAAUGUGCCUUACAAAGGAAGGGUGUGGUGUGUGGCAGUGAAAGGAGCAAAUGCAAUGGAAUUGGAAGCUGCAUUGACAUAUACUUGCAACCAAAGUAAUGUGAAUUGUGAUGGUCUUGCACCAGGAAGAGAGUGCUAUGAGCCUGUUUCCAUUGCUGCUCAUGCCAGCUAUGUAUUUAGCUCUUACUGGUCCAAGUUUAGAAGUCAAGGAGCCACUUGCUAUUUCAAUGGACUUGCUCAACAAACAACUUCCAAUCCUAGUCGAGGUCCAUGCAAGUUCCCAAGUGUGACUCUUUGAAGAUAAUAAACAAGAGCUAUGGUCAUUUUAGCAGAAAGUUGCAGGAAGAAAAAAAUUAAUUGUAUGCAAACAUAAACACUGGCAAGUAGUUAGUAAUAAGAACUCCAUCAACAAAAUAUUACACUGUAUUGGUAUAUCUAGUGCUUUUUGGUAAGAUAAUUACUGUCAUACAAUGUCACUUGCACAUUGCAAUGUUUC